UUGUGGGGAAUCUGUCCAGGAUGUACCGAGCCCUCAUUCUACAGGUCUUCACCCAGAUAGGACCCUGCAAGAGUUGUAAAAUGAUAGUCGAUACGGCUGGAAAUGAUCCGUACUGCUUUGUGGAGUUCUAUGACCACAGGCAUGCUGCUGCCUCAUUGGCAGCCAUGAAUGGAAGGAAAAUAAUGGGUAAGGAGGUCAAAGUCAACUGGGCCACGACGCCAACCAGCCAGAAAAAAGACACAAGUAAUCACUUCCACGUCUUCGUUGGAGACCUCAGCCCAGAAAUAACUACAGAAGACGUCAAAGCUGCCUUUGGUCCAUUUGGCCGGAUAUCAGAUGCUCGCGUUGUGAAAGAUAUGGCUACAGGGAAAUCUAAAGGCUAUGGCUUUGUGUCAUUCUUCAACAAAUGGGACGCAGAGAACGCCAUUCAGCAGAUGGGUGGUCAGUGGUUAGGAGGCAGACAGAUUCGAACUAACUGGGCUACAAGAAAGCCCCCCGCUCCAAAGACCACCUAUGAAAGUAACUCCAAGCACCUUUCCUUUGACGAGGUAGUGAGUCAGUCCAGCCCAAGUAACUGCACUGUGUAUUGUGGCGGAGUCAGCACAGGACUUACAGAGCAACUGAUGAGACAGACUUUCUCUCCCUUUGGACAAAUCAUGGAAAUCCGAGUUUUCCCAGACAAAGGCUAUUCGUUCGUGAGGUUUAACUCCCAUGAGUCUGCAGCGCAUGCCAUUGUCUCUGUGAAUGGCACCUCAAUAGAGGGUCAUAUAGUCAAAUGCUACUGGGGUAAAGAGACCCCAGACAUGAUGAACCCGAUGCAGCAGAUGCCUCUGCCCCAGCAGAACAAGAUGAGCUUCCCCGCGGCGGCCCAGCCCUACGGCCAGUGGGGCCAGUGGUACGGCAACGGGCCCCAGAUCAGCCAGUAUGUCCCCAACGGGUGGCAGGUCCCCACCUACAAUGUCUACGGCCAGGCCUGGAACCAGCAGGGCUUCAAUCACUUACCGGCCAGUGCUGGGUGGACUGGCAUGAGCGCCAUCAGUAACGGUGGGGUUAUGGAGCCCACACAGGGAUUGAAUGGGAGUAUGCUAGCCAACCAGCCGGGUAUGGGAGCUGCAGGAUACCCCACACACUGAUAGGUGGGCAGCGGUGUCGGG